AUGAUGAUGAACAACAGUGGAGGUUUUUAUCCGGCACGUUAUAAUAAAUCAACACCUUUCAAUGGACUGUCCAAUACUUUUACUAUUGGCCGAUCUUCUGUUCCACCGUUUUAUAACGCGAAACUUCAACAAGGUCAACAGCAACAACAACAAAAACCUAAAAAACAUUUAAUAAAUGAACAAAAUCAUGAUACUAUUUCAAAUAUUCCUUCAUUUAAAUUAUAUGAUUUGGAUACAAAUGAUAAUAGUGAAAUAAUUCGGCUUAUAUUUUCAUUUGCUGAUGUUUCAUAUAAAAAUAGACGUUUAAGACAAGAUGAAUGGGUUAAAAUAAAAGAACAGAUGCCAUUUGAAUAUUUGCCUAUAUUACGUAUAAAUCAUGAAUUUAUAAUUUUUCAAUUACAUACUAUUAUACGUUAUUUAGCAAGAGAGUUUCAUUUAUAUGGUACAGGUCAACAUGAUCAUGCUAUUGUUGAUAUUGUUCAUGAAACAAUUCGUGAAUUUCGAGAAAAAAUUUUUCAACAAAUUAAUAAUUCAUCAAAUAACAAUGUUGAACAAACAUUUCAUCAAUUAAUAACACAUUAUUCAACAACAUAUUUACAACAAUUAGAAAAUUUUUAUGGAAUAUUUAAUCGUCAAGGUCCAUUUUAUUUAGGUUCAUAUAUAUCAUUAGCUGAUUUAAUUGUUUAUGAUAUGAUAAAUUAUUUAAUUAAAAUUGAUAAAAAAUUACUUGAUAGUUAUUCUCAUUUAAAAGAAGCAUAUCGACGUUUAGAAAAACAUCCAAGGUUAUUUAAUUAUAUUAAUGCAAAAAUUAAUAAUAAUGAAAUUAAAAAACAUCAUCAUAAAUCUCCUUCAGAAUCACGACGUCCUACAACAAAAUCACCUAUACCAGAUGUACCGCCUCAUCAACAUCGACAUCGAUCAUAUGAAGGACAUGAAUCAGGUCAUUAUCAUCAUCAUCGUCAUCAUCAUCAUCACCAUCGUCAUCCUCAUCAUCGAAAUCAUUCAAAAGAACCAACACCACAUUCACAUACCAAACAACGACCAAUGACAUUAUCACAAUCACCUAGUAUUUCAACAAAAAAUAUCGAACCACCGCCAAUUCCACAAACGAAACAACAAUCAGUAAGACCAUCACACUCACCUAGCGUUGCAACGAAAGGUAUAGAACUACCACCACCACCACCAGUUCCACAAACCAAACAACGAUCAAUAAGAUCAUCAAAAUCUCCUAGUAGUUCAAGAAAAGAUAAAGAACUAACACCAUUACGAGCAACUGAUGUUAUACCACCACCGCCACCACCAAUACCACAGCCACCACCGCCCCCAUCAAUUACUCCUGAACAUAAAAUUUAA